UUGCCGCGGUGUCUAUGGUGUUAUCGCCCUAAUAUACUAUAAAACAGAUUUUUGCGCGCGCGUUACGGUGUGCGUGCGCGUGUGCGUGCAUGAGAGAGACUCAUGGCCGGUCUACCAUGCCGGACUCUAUCUUACACGGCAGUGUCGUAUUUUUAUAAGUGGCCAUAGUAUUUAAUGAAAUUGAAAGGAGAGCAAUAAACUUAGAUAUUGUUGCAUACAUCGUAUAAUGACUCAGCUGCUAAAUCUUUCGCUAAAUGAGUGCAACAAGUUUAUCGUUGUGGAUGAAGGAAUUAAUGCAACGUAUGGUAAGCACUUGAUAAUUGCUUGGUUACUGGCAUUAAGAAAGAAGAAAAUAGACAAUCCUAUCGAUAUCUUGUUAUUUUCUACUCCAAAAUAUUCCUUGACCAAGUAUCUGCAAUCGUCGGGGCUGACAAAUUUCGAAGUACAAGAUUAUUUUAAUUUAAAUAUAGAUGACGAUGAUGUCGACGUGCACGAACAAUUGAAAAGCUUCGUUGCCCAACGUACAAAUUCAAUUUUGGUAAUCGAUUGCUUGGGCACGUUAGCUUUACAAAUUGGGCCAGCCAACACGUGCAGAUUUGUGGAAAAAUUAUCUAAAAAUCACAAGUUUGAAGUUUUUUGUAUUCACAGAAGAGACUUUUACCAAGUUAUUCCUAGAGUAGAAUCCUUAGGUAACGUUUAUGUGAAAUUGGAAAAAUCUGAGCAAGUUAGUUUUGGAUCAAACAUUUAUUAUAAAAUCUCGGUUACUCAGAGAAAGACUCGCGGUAGUAUAGUUCGUUGGAGCGAAAUGGUACAGCAGAAUAUUGAAAAUUGUGUUCUUCGAUCGGAUUCGAUUGUAGACUUCAAAUUUCCCGAUAGCUCGGGUGAAGCGACAAAAACGACUAAAUCUCAAGAAGGAGCUGCGAAGCCACAGGCUUCUUUCAGAUUAGAUAUGAGCGAAGCUGAAAUACGACAGAGAGACAGCGUACCUCUUCCUUAUAUUUUGUCGGAUAAUCCUGAAAAAGAAUCUAAAAUUUUCUACGUACCGGAUGAUUUCGACGAAGAGGAUCCUGACGACGAUUUGGAGAUAUGAUAAAAAAGUAAAUGCGAAUCAUUUUGUCGUGCAUUUAUUUGAAAUACAUGUACGCUUUGACACAG